AUGACUCCCCUCAUACGGAUUAUCGGCUCGCUCAAUGCCGACAUGGUGUCGGUCACGCGCCGGUUCCCUGAGCCCGGCGAGACCAUCACAGCGACCUCGUUCACGACGAGCGCCGGCGGGAAAGGCGCCAACCAGGCCGUGGCAUGCGGUCGCUUGUCACGCUGGAAAUCCUCAGCAACACAUUCCGCGAGCUCGAACGAGCCAAUCCGCGUCGAGAUGGUGGGCGCCGUCGGUGGCCGCGACGCUCAUUUCCAAUCGCUGCUUCGUCCCACGCUCGAGCAGUCUGGCCUAGAUACGGCGCGCAUUAGGACCGUGGACGAGGACUAUACGGGCGUGGCGGUGAUCAUUGUCGACUCGUCGGCCGGUGGCGAGAAUCGCAUUCUUUUCUCGCCCGGCGCCAACUACUCGGGCAUGCAGGCGAUCCCCGACGUUCUCAGCACGGGUCUGGCGCCACCGAUCCCGGACGUCAUUGUAAUGCAGGGAGAGAUUCCGAUUGAAACAGUCAUUGGCAUUCUACGGGAAAUAGCAAAGUACAAAGACGCGAGUGGCAAGAAGGGGAUCGAGGCUGGGCCGGAAGUCAUGUUCAACCCUGCGCCAGCGCCGCCGGGUGGCUUGCCGGAGGACGUGUAUGCGGCAGUGGACCAUUUGAUCAUGAACGAGACGGAGGCUGAACUGAUGGCGCCCAAGACCGAGGAACUGCUACGGGUUGUGCCCGCAGUCAAGGGCGCGGGGCUGCGAGAACAGGUGGCGCAAUAUUUCCACAAGCUGGGGGUGACAUACGUGGUCAUCACGCUGGGAGCGAAGGGGGUUUGGUACAGCGCCUGCGAUGCCGGCACGGCGAUUGCGGCCGACGGUGAAUCGCGCUUUACGAACGAGAUCCCCGCGGCGAAGGUGUCGCAGGUUCUCGACACUACCGCAGCGGGGGACACCUUCAUUGGCGGCUACGCAACGCAUAUAGCACGCUGGCGAGAGCGACAACGGCAGUCCGGCCAUGAGGCCUCGAAGCGCGAGCGGUAUCAAGUUGUCAUGGACGAGGCGAUGAAACGAGCCGGACGGGCUUCUGCGCGGUGUGUGGAAAGACAGGGCGCCAUGGACAGCAUCCCGUGGGAGGAUGAGAUCUAG